AACAGCUGGUCGGAAGUAAUUAUUCAUGAUCCGGAAGCACAUCGGUUAGCUAGUUGUUUUGAAUGAAUUCGGGCUGAUUCAUUGCACACGAGAAAAUAGUCGUUGUUCAGAAGGAGCUUGCCGAAUAUAUUAUACAAUAUAACAACAGAAUCAUGGACCGGCUGUUGAGACUGGGAGGUGGAAUGCCAGGGCUUGGACAGGGUCCUCCAACAGACGCACCCGCUGUUGAUACAGCAGAACAGGUGUACAUUUCAUCACUUGCCCUUCUGAAGAUGCUGAAACAUGGUCGUGCUGGUGUACCCAUGGAGGUCAUGGGUCUCAUGUUGGGGGAGUUUGUUGAUGACUACACUGUGCGUGUCAUUGAUGUGUUUGCCAUGCCCCAGUCAGGAACGGGUGUUAGUGUGGAAGCUGUGGACCCAGUCUUUCAGGCCAAGAUGUUGGACAUGCUCAAACAGACUGGAAGGCCAGAGAUGGUGGUGGGCUGGUACCACAGUCACCCUGGGUUUGGGUGCUGGUUGUCUGGCGUUGACAUAAACACACAGCAGAGCUUCGAGGCACUGUCAGAGCGAGCGGUAGCUGUGGUGGUUGACCCCAUCCAGAGCGUCAAGGGAAAGGUGGUGAUUGAUGCCUUCAGACUGAUCAAUGCCAACAUGAUGGUUCUGGGUCACGAGCCACGGCAAACCACCUCCAACCUGGGCCACCUGAACAAGCCGUCUAUUCAGGCAUUGAUUCAUGGCUUGAAUAGGCAUUACUACUCCAUUACAAUCAACUACAGAAAGAAUGAGUUGGAGCAGAAGAUGUUACUGAACCUGCAUAAAAAGAGCUGGAUGGAGGGACUGACUCUACAGGACUACAGUGAGCACUGCAAACUCAAUGAGACCAUUGUCAAGGAGAUGUUGGAGCUCGCCAAAAACUACAACAAGGCAGUAGAGGAGGAGGACAAAAUGACCCCAGAGCAGCUGGCUAUCAAGAAUGUCGGCAAACAGGAUCCCAAAAGGCAUUUGGAAGAACAUGUUGAUGUCUUGAUGACGUCCAAUAUUGUGCAGUGCUUGGCAGCCAUGUUGGAUACUGUGGUCUUUCAGUAAAUCCUUUAUCUGCCUGUCAUUAUUGUCAAAUUCCAGUUCUUGUUUUGUCUUUUUAAAAAAUAAACGUAUAUAAAAAGGGGUAA